UUCACCUCGGAGAGUAAACAGAUACAUUGCAAAGCUGGAGUUCCGGAGCCCCCCACCCUUUGUGAUCGUAGCCUGUUAAUGACCCUGGUAAUCAGGGGAAUGAGCCCCCAGCCAUCAGGACUGCUCACUGGAAGGAGAGAAAAGCUUUAAGUGGGACCAACAAACAGCUUACUAUUAGAGUAAGGACUGCUCUCCAUCACAGCCCUCUAACCAUGCAGAUCCCAUGACUGCUCCCUCUGAUGUCAUUGUGAAGAUGAAAAUGAAUUUCGAGGUGAGCUGCUGAACCAAAGGUGGACCCGUGGCGAUAAAAUUAACAGCUGUCCCAAAAAACAAAGAUUAACCAGCACCAAGUCCAAGAUGAAUGUAGAGAAUGACGACAAAAGGACUCGCACACGAUCCAAAAUCAGAGGAAUCCCAGUUGAACUAAUUGGACAGGAAGUGAGCUGUCCCACCCCAGGCUGUAUUGGCUCAGGACACAUCAGUGGAAAGUAUGCAAGACAUAGAAGUUUACAAAGCUGUCCCUUGGCCCGAAAACGCAAGUUGCACGAUACAGAGUCUGAGCUCCUCUCAUCGAAGAGGAAGUCACACCCUCUCAAGCUUGCCCUGGAUGAGGGAUACAACAUAGACAGUGAUGGCAGUGAGGAGACAGAGGCAAAAGAUGAGGAGUCUGGCACUGAAGAUUCUGAAGGAACAUUGGUGGAGACAGAAGAGGAAUCUGAGAGCACCGAACCCAAAGAGUCUCCCAGUCCAGACCCCAGAGAAGCUGCAUCUGAAAGCUCUGUUAAAGCAGCGUAUGAAGGACCGUCGCCUAACACCAACACAUCCACAAAAGCCACUUAUAGCAGUUAUCAGGAAAUCAUUGCCAAUUCUCUUUUAAACUUGGGCCAAAUAGCAAAAGAAACUUUGGUAUCAGAAGGGCAUUUGCCAGAAAGUGAACUGGAGAGCCCUAAGCCGAGUUCUGGCGUGGUGCAGGUAGUCCAGCAGGUGGUUGAGGAAACAGCAGUGGAAGAGGUAUGUGACAAAGAGAUCAUCAUACAGACGGAAGAUGCUGAAGAAGUCAUCGAAGUGACCAGUGAGCCGAGCAGCGAGUCAUGUCUUGAGCCCAGAGAUGAUGUGAUGUGCGAGGAGGCUUGCAAGAAGGACAUGGAUGAUGAAGAUGAUGAGGAAGAGGAUGAUGAUGAGGUUGAUGAGGAUGAUGAUGAUGAUGAUCUUGAAGAUGAUGAAGAAGAAGAAGAACACACCUCUGAAAUGAUGAGCCAAGAUAUGCCCCAUGUUUCUCAGGACCCCUCUAAAAUCCACUGUGAAGGGCCAUUUAGCCCAAAACCUGAAUUUUCAGUCAUUGUAGAGGUCAGGUCAGAUGAUGAUAAAGACGAUGACAGUCAUUCUCAAAAAUCAGCUGUAACAGAUGAGUCUGAGAUGUAUGACAUGAUGACUCGAGGGAACCUGGGGCUUUUAGAACAAGCGAUAGCUCUGAAAGCUGAACAAGUCAAAGUUGUUCGGGAGCCAAGUAGAACGACCACCGAAAAUAUAAAGAAUUUCCAAACCGAUGAAAAGCAAAAUCGAUCAAUAGACACCAUGAGAAAAAGCUUUUACGAUGCAGCAAGACCUGAAAAACGAGAAAUCAAAUGCCCCACGCCAGGCUGCGAUGGUACAGGACAUGUUACAGGCCUAUAUCCCCAUCACAGAAGCCUCUCAGGAUGUCCCCACAAGGACAGAAUACCGCCAGAGAUUUUGGCCAUGCACGAGAAUGUACUAAAGUGUCCGACCCCCGGUUGCACAGGACAGGGUCACGUGAACAGCAACCGGAACACACACAGAAGUUUAUCCGGAUGCCCCAUUGCUGCAGCAGAAAAACUGGCCAGAUCCCAUGAGAAACAACAGCCCGGAGAUCUCACCAAAAAUAGUUCAAACUCAGACAGGAUACUCAGGCCCAUGUGCUUUGUAAAGCAGCUGGAGAUUCCACAGUAUGGCAGCUAUAGACCCAACAUGGUUCCUGCAACGCCAAGAGCCAAUUUAGCCAAGGAACUGGAGAAGUACUCCAAGGUUACCUUUGAUUAUGCAAGUUUUGAUGCUCAGGUUUUCGGCAAACGCUUGCUUGCCCCAAAGAUUCAGACAAGCGAAACCUCACCCAAAGCCUUUAAAUCUAAACCUUUUCCAAAGGCCUCGUCACCCAGUCACAGUCCAUCCAGCAGUUAUGUUAAAAGUACAUCCUCGUCCUCGUCUGGCUUUGAUUACACCCAUGAUGCAGAGGCUGCUCAUAUGGCAGCAACCGCCAUUUUGAAUCUUUCCACUAGAUGCUGGGAGAUGCCAGAGAAUCUGAGUACAAAGCAGCAGGACCUGCCAAGCAAAUCUAUGGACAUUGAAGUAGAUGAAAAUGGCACAUUGGACUUGAGUAUGAACAAACAUCGGAAACGGGAGAGCACAUUCCCCAGCAGCAGCAGUUGCAGUAGUAGUCCUAGUAUGAAAUCUCCAGAUCAAUCCCAACGCCAAAACUGCACCAGUGCCACAAGUAGCACCAUGACUUCACCCCAAUCCAGCCAGACCUCUCGGCAAGAUGAUUGGGAUGGGCCUAUUGACUACACCAAACCAAAUCGCCAACGAGAAGAGGAACAUGAAGAAUCCGAACCUGCUGGAGCCUCUUUUGCUUCAUCAGAAGCUGAUGACCAGGAGAUGCAGGAGGAGAACUUUGAAGAGCGUAAAUACCCUGGCGAUGUCACACUAAGCAAUUUCAAACUGAAAUUUCUUUCCAAGGACAGCAAGAAAGAGCUGCUGACAUAUUUUGCUGCACAACGGGAUAUUCGGCCAGUACGUGAUGGGGGGUGCGCAAGUCCAAAAGGGGGCGAUGGAGGAAAAAAAGCAGGAACCCUCCUGAAUGACUGUCCUACCCCAGGAUGUGACGGAAGCGGACACAUUACUGGAAAUUAUGCCUCUCACCGCAGCCUUUCUGGUUGUCCUCUUGCUGACAAGAGUCUCAGAAACCUCAUGGCUGCCCACUCUGCUGAUCUCAAGUGCCCCACUCCUGGAUGCGAUGGCUCCGGACACAUUACAGGAAAUUAUGCAUCUCAUCGGAGCUUGUCAGGCUGUCCUCGUGCCAAGAAAAGCGGAAUGAAAGUUACACCCACUAAAGAUGACAAGGACGACCCGGAGCUAAUGAAGUGCCCAGUGCCAGGUUGUGAUGGACUCGGCCAUAUCAGUGGUAAAUACGCCUCUCACCGCAGUGCAUCUGGAUGCCCAUUGGCUGCUCGUAGACAGAAAGAAGGCACUCUCAAUGGAUCUGCAUUCUCCUGGAAAUCUCUUAAGAAUGAGGGUCCCACAUGCCCCACACCUGGUUGCGAUGGAUCAGGUCAUGCCAAUGGGAGUUUCUUAACUCACAGGAGUUUGUCAGGUUGUCCGCGUGCCUCUUUUGCUGGGAAAAAGGGAAAACUCUCAGGAGAUGAGCUUCUUGGGACAAAAUUCAAAACCAGCGAUGUGUUAGAGAAUGAUGAAGAAAUCAAGCAGCUCAAUAAAGAAAUAAACGAGCUCACAGAAUCCAACACCGAGAUGGAAACUGACAUGGUGAAUUUACAGACUCAGAUAACAUCAAUGGAGAAGAAUCUGAAGAACAUUGAAGAUGAGAAUAAGGUUAUAGAGGAGCAGAAUGAUGCCCUGUUUGUAGAACUUUCUGGGUUAAGCCAGGCCCUCAUAAGAAGUCUAACAAAUAUCCGCCUUCCACACAUGGAACCCAUCAGUGAACAGAAUUUUGAUGCCUAUGUGACUACUUUGACUGACAUGUACAGCAACCAAGAGUGUUACCAAAACCCAGAGAACAAAGCAUUGCUUGAGAGUAUCAAGCAAGCAGUCAAAGGUAUCCAGGUGUAAUGAGGGAAUAUGAGGAUUCUCUUGUCUAGUGUUCAGGUUCACAGACCUUGUGCUAUGUGCAUUAAAUCACAAAACUUAAUGGACCAAAAUAAUAAUAAUAAUAAUAAUAUAAAAAAAAAAAAUUCAAUGAAAAAGCCCAAAAAGCUGGACAGAUACUGAACUUGUUUUGUCUUUCAAAUGUGGAAACCAGACAGGAAGUCCGGGCUCAUUCACAGCAAGGAGGUUCCCACCUGUAAUUAGUGGUGACAUAUGACUGUAAAUCGGCCCAUGUCAUGUUCUCCCUGUGUAUGAAAACACAGAGUGAUCAAUUUAUCUGCAGCAAAUCCCUGAGGUUUGUACAUGGACCAAACUCACCCAGAAGCCAAAAUGGAAGCUUUAUCUCUGCUGACUCUCUGUCUGGGCCAUCUCACUCCUUGUGUCUUUUGCAAAUUAUCUGGCAGGGGAAGAUAAAGACGAGUAUUAUUCAUGAGAAGAGUUGUCAAUACUUUUUAUUUUUUGAUUUUCACAAGAAACAUUUGAAGAGCAGUUCUUUAAUUCCGACAGAAGCGCAAAGGAUUAAAGGUUCUCAGGGAAAGCUUUUGGAGUUACCAACUGCAUAGUCCUUUUUUUUUGUGUGUCUUAACCCUAGCAUAAGCAGUUGGCGGUCAUUUAUGAGCUGUGGCGGAAAGUAUUGCUGACCAGCCUGGCAGUGAAGGCGAUUUUGCAGUCAAUUAAAAUGGCAAUAGAUCGUUGGAGGGUCAGCUCAUUGUGUCAUGAUACAAUGUCUGCCAUUUUUAGAAUUGUGUAUUAUAUUUGUCCCUCCUGUGCUAGAGUGCAGGAAAUGUACAACAGAAACAUUUAUGCACCCUAAAGGAAUGGUAGUUUGCCUUUUGGGUUGGUUUGCCAGCUCAACAAUUAUUUGGCUCCUCGUAUUCUCUGUCAGAAUUUAUAAAAAGGCAAAAAUCCAAGACCAUCUCCACCUCUCACGGUGUAUGAAUGUCAGCUGCUCUGACAUGUUGAGGUCUCACAUUCUGAAAUGUAUUUAUUUUUGGGACAUUUUUAUUGUAAUAACAGGGAUUUGUUUUCUACUUUUUUAUUUAUGCGAAAGACAGUUAUUGGUUAUUUUCAAUACACCAUAGAAUCCUGUAGUAGAGCCUUCAACAACUAGUAAGAAGUGGAUUUUCCUAUAUCUAGAAACAUUUCAUGUCCAAACUGAGAUGUAUAAAUGUAUAUUUUAUCAUUACUUUGUAAAUCUAUGCUUCAAAAGAACGUCAGGACCUGUCAUGUUGAUACAUAAGAAUGAUGCAACUGGCAGAAGGAUCUUUCCAGAUUAAAUAGAACAGAAACUUAUAUUUAUUUUCACAGCAAAUUACUAUUGAGAUGCACUAUCGUGACCCAAAAAGCAUAAAGAAAUACACUGUAAUAUUUCCAAAGUGCAUCAUUACAUCUGACUAUACACUAUGCCUUUAUACCAUUUCCCUUUAUGAAACAAUUCACAUUUCCAAUGGUUAGAAUACUACUAGGAUGUUUGGAGUUAUCUCUUGCGCAACAUACAGCACUAAAGGGUUCUAAUUACUAUUUAAUUUCUCACUGUGCACUUUAAGACCUGUGUGAGCUCCAAGUAAUGACCUGUAGAAAAAAUAUCAACUAAUGCACUGAUGCUUUCUGUGGAAAUCAUCCAGAAGUGUAUUAUGCAGUGCAGAAUCUUAACAUGGAGAUUUUAAACCAAGGGGGAAAAAAUACUAAGGGACAUGAAAAACUCUUAAAUCUCUGUAAAAAUGAACUACUAGUUUUUAAGAUCCAGUGUACUUUGCACUUGGAAAUGAAGCCCUGCUUUUGUAAAUAGGAUAAAAACCUGUUUGUGAAUGCAAACCAGUUAGAAUAUUACCUAUAGAACAGCUGCACUUCCAUGGAGACUUAGUUAUAGAUUUAAUUAUUGUGUAAAUUAUUACAUUUUUUUGGCAAGUUCUGUUAUAAUUUAUUAAUUCAAAUUCAUAUGUGAACAUUUGAUAUUUAUUUAAAGUUUAUGUUAAUUUAUUUUUUUUAACUGGACACCACAUGGUAAUAAGGGGAAAGACCAAAAAAAAAAUUAAAACAAUAAAUAAAAACUUGAUAAAUUAUAUUCCAUGGGAAAAAAAAUAAUAAAAAAUAAAAACGCUAUCUACAGCUAAUAGUUUUGAUGAAACCUAGUUAUUUUUUAUAUAUUUUGUUAUUUAUUCUUUUAAACAAUGGGACUUUUUUAAAGAUAUUUUAUAAAGCAGGAGUUUUGAUAUUUUUUGUUCAUUUUAAUUUUAUUGGGCAAAGGGGAAAAAAUAGAUUUUUUUGUUUUGUUUUGUUGUAAUUAAUUUUCUUUAAUUUAUGUAAUCCCUUAUGUGCUAGGGAAGACUUUAGUGAUAUUUUGUGCAAUUCACUUAGUCUUCUCUACCACAAAAGGCCACAAUAUUCCAGGCACUGAUGACAGUAUAUAAAAUACUGUUUUUAUUUAUUUAUUAAUUAUUUAAGAAAAAAAACAUGUGAACUUGUUGUAUAUUUAUUUUGUCAUGUUUGUGAGUCUGUUACGUGAUUGUUUAUGUGAAAAAAAAUCCUGUUAAUAUUUAAAGUAAAAUAACAAAAAAAUAAUGCUAAUAAUAAAAGGUUGCAUUGAAGGCUGAUGCAGACUAGCUGUUGUUCUGUGAUAAUCUUUCAAAUACUGUGAUUCCGGCCUCAGGGAACUUUCAAAAACCAACCUGACUUCACUUCAGAAAUAAAACUCAAGUUCUA